GUAUGCAAGUCCCUCCCCUGCCGGCCGCCCCUUCUCCGUCCCGGCCGUGGUCAACAGCUCGCUCCUCUCUCCUCCUCCGACGCUUCGUGCUCGUCCCAACUCCGGUGGGUGCUGGUAGACGGCCGGCGACGAGGCCAGCCUUUGUCAUCUUCAGCGAGCAAGGUGAAUCCAGCCAUGGUGCAGGCGCAGUCAGUUGCCAAGGAGUUUCUUCUGGCCCCUGCACUGCAGCAGCAAUGAAGAUGCUACACCUCCCAAGCACAGCCUCUGGUGAAUCUCUGGUGGCAGCCUCCGGUCUCCCUUGUUGCUGUGACAAUGAGUAGGCACAACACUCGCAACAAGAACAAGAGGCAACGGUCCGAUGAAUCCAGUAGCCCGUCCGCGGCUGUGUUCAAGAAGAUACAUUCAGAUGGCAAUAUCUCAAAGAGCGAUAUCCGGCAGCUUUACAUGGUGUGGAAACCACUCUGCCAAGGCUGCCAUGGGAACACCAAGGACUCCCCCAAUUGUUUCUGUGGGUUGAUCCCCACCGCCAAUGGGGUCCGGAAAACUGGCCUCUGGCAGAAAAUGCAGGAGAUUGUUCGUGGCCUAGGUCCUAAUCCAUCCAGGGACCUCCGAGAUUCCACCGAGACGCCUGCUGGAUUGACUAAUCUCGGCGCGACCUGUUAUGCAAAUAGCAUACUUCAGUGCCUCUACAUGAACAGCUCAUUCCGCUCAGGCAUUUUCUCUUUGGAGCUGGACAUCUUGAGGAAGCAUCCUGUUCUGGAUCAGCUGGCUCAGUUGUUUGCGCAGCUGCACUCUAGCAAAAUGGCUUUCAUUGAUUCAGCGCCUUUUAUUAAGGCGUUGGAAUUAGACAAUGGUGUCCAGCAGGACAGCCAUGAAUUCCUCACCUUGUUUCUGUCUCUGCUCGAGCAAUCUUUAAGUCACUCCAAGGUUCCUGGAGCUAGAACAAUCGUGCAAAAUCUGUUUUGCGGCAGUGUAUCACAUGUAACAAGGUGUUCAUCAUGUGGAAAGGAUUCUGCAGCAUCUUCAAAAAUGGAGGACUUUUAUGAGCUGGAGCUGAAUAUUAAGGGUUUAAAUAAUUUGGAAGAAAGUCUGAAUGACUACUUUAAUGAGGAAGCACUGGAUGGGGAGAACCAAUACUUUUGUGAAUCAUGCCAGAAAAGGGUAGAUGCCACUCGCUGCAUAAAACUCCAAUCACUUCCUCCGGUUGUCAAUUUCCAGCUGAAGCGUUAUGUAUUCCUUCCGAAGACAACUACAAAGAAAAAGAUUUCUUCAACAUUCAGUUUCCCAGGACAGCUUGAUUUGGGAAAGCGGUUGUCAAACCCCUCAUCUAGUUGUACUUAUGAACUGGCUGCUAUUUUAAUUCACAAGGGUACUGGUGCUAAUAGUGGGCACUAUGUUGCACAUAUAAAAGAUGAAAGCAAUGGGCAGUGGUGGGAGUUUGAUGAUGAGACCGUAUCCAAACUUGGUUUGCAUCCUUUUGGUGAGAAGCCAGGAAAGGCAUCAAAUAAAGAUGAUCAGAAAUCCCAAGGUAUGUCCGCAGCAGGUUCUAUCAUAAAUAACAAUAGUAAUAAUGGUCACCAGGAGGCAGCGCCCACUUCUACCACAGCAGAGAUGUUUUCAUCUACGGAUGCUUAUAUGCUGAUGUACAAAUGUACCAGUAGGGAUGUCAAUGCCACUGAAAGCAAUAAAAAUGUGGAAAUUAAUGAGUCACUUCCGCGCCAUCUUUCGGAUCAAAUUAAUGAACUAAAUGCAUCAUAUGUAAAAUCGUGUGAGGAAUACCAAAGCAAGAAAGACAGCCAUUUGGCAUAUAUAACAGAGAGGCGUCAAGAAGUAAAAUCUAUUCUGACAGAAGCACCUGUGGAUCCGGAGAAUGAUUCAUAUUUUUGGAUCUCAACAGACUGGCUUCGCCAAUGGGCAGAUAACACUGCUCCUCCCUCUUCUAUUGACAAUGGUCCAAUUCAAUGCGAGCAUGGAAAGGUUCCAGCAUCUAAAGUCACAUCAAUGAAGCGACUAUCAUCUGUAGCUUGGCAGAAACUAUUUUCAAAAUAUGGAGGGGGACCGACAUUGAGCAAUGAUGACUAUUGCAUGGAGUGUCUUAAAGAUGGGGCAAAAAAUGCAGUAUCUGCUGAUGUCUACCGUGAACGAAAAGCGUCAUUAAAAAAUAUUGCAGAAGCAGCACUUGCUGGUAGCUGUCCAGAUGGUCCUUCUUACUUUAUCUCAAAGACAUGGUUGACUCAUUGGCUGCGGAGGAAAAAUACUGAUAUCACAUCUGAUGCUGAUAGUGGACCAACAAGUGCUUUAAGAUGUUGCCAUGGGGAUCUUCUGCCAGAGCACGCUCCAGGGGCAAAGCGGAUAUCUGUACCAGAGAGCCUCUGGUUAUUUCUCUAUCAAACCAUCAAUGAGAAGAAGGCUGAUGAUAUUAUGACUUUUCCAUCAGAUUGUCAGCCAUGCGAAAUCUGCAAUCAGGAAUUGUCUGAUGUUGCUUCUGUAGAGGGUAAUCUUAGAGCAGUGAAACUCAAGCAACGACAGAAUCAUGAAAAGUUAAUAUCUGGGAAAAGCUUUGCACUUCAUCCCGGUCAAAAAUAUUAUUUGGUUCCUUCAUCUUGGUUGUCAGAAUGGAGAGCUUAUGUUACAGCAACCGGGAAAAAUAUUUCUUCAUUACUAGAACCUCAAAGUCUGGAAGCUAUUGUCAAUUCACUUAUAUGUGAAAAGCAUUCAAGAUUGCUGCAAAGGCCUUUGGAUCUUGUUUGUAAGCGCGGAAGCAUUACUCAGAAAACAUCAAAUGGUGAUGGUUUAACAAUGAUCCCAGAGUACAAUUGGAAGUUAUUCUCUGAAGAGUGGAGUGCCACACCUGAAAAAGGUAUAUCUGCUGAAAUUGCUUUUAGCAAGAGCUCUCAAGAGAAACUGCCCGGGUCAUCUGAAGCAAUGCCAAUUAUGGAUGGUGACCUAGACCAAUCUCUUGAUGAUGCUAAUGAUGAUUUGGGGGCCAGAGAGCCUUAUGUCAGAACUGAUCCUGAGGUUUGUGAAGAUUGUAUUGGAGAAAGAGAGAGCUGUGCAUUGGUGGAGAAGCUCAAUUACCAGAAUGAAGACAUCCACGUCUAUUUAGUACGUGGAAAAGAAGCACCAAAGUCUAUCAAAGAAGCAUCUAAAGCUGUUGCCGUAUCAGAUCGUCGGACUUCGAAGCGUUCCCGAAGAACUAGCUCUGGAACUUCAAUCAGUUUGAAAGUCUCUGGUUCUACAUCCGUCUAUCAAUUGAAACUCAUGAUAUGGGAAUCUUUAGGGAUCGUGAAGGAGAACCAGAAGCUUCACAAAGGCUCUGUUGAGAUUGAAGAUGACUUUGCUACUCUUGCUGACAAGAGUAUUUUUCCCGGGGAUGUUCUUUGGGUCAGAGACUCUGAAAUCUAUGAGAACCGUGACAUAGCAGAUGAGAUUUCAGAUCAGAAGGCUGAUAUGCUACAGGCUGAGGAAGGCUUUCGAGGAACUCUGUUGACAUCAAGUGUUUCAGCUCAGCUUUGUCAGGAUAUAGCAUUUAGUGAAUGAGUUCCCACAUCAGAUGUAUAGCUGCAUAUCUUCUGAUUAAAAUGAUCAAGCUUGCUGGGAGAAAUCGUGAUUGCUUCGCAGAGUGUCGCACAGAAUUAUGGCGGUCCUAGCAGCCGCCCUGGCGGAAAUUUGUCAGGCUGAUUUUAGUGAAGAAAACAGAAGAGGCUCCUCCUGAAGCUGUCGGUCUUCCCCGUUGUAAUUAUAUGACUAGUAGGAAGUUGGCUAUUUCCGGCCGUCGUGCUGGCUGCACCCGUAGUAUUUUUCCUCUCUUUUCGCUGGAGGGCUAUGAGUGAAUUGCCCUACCUGGUGGCCUGCUACGCAGAGGUUUGUUGAGAGGCUGGGGCCUUGAACGGAUGCUGAGGUAGCAGUCGUCGGCUUGUCACGUUUGCUAGAUGAGAUCGUAGUGCCUGGGGUGGCCUUUAUCCCUCGUGUUUUGCAUG